AUGUCCUCAGAGGAGGUCAAGUUUGUUGCCCCCUAUCGCAAGGGUUUGGCUAUGGCAUCAUUAUUGGAUUGGGUUUCGCUUUUGCGUUGCCACGCUAAUAAGGGAUCCACUUACAGAUAUCAGCAUGAAGUCCAGACAUCUGAAAUGUUCUCGACCGCCGGACGGUCUGUAAAGUCGGGUUUGGUCGCCGCAGCUGUUGUCAGUAGUUGGACUUGGGCAGCUACCCUUCUGCAAUCUUCAGCUGUGGCUUACCAGUACGGUGUCUCGGGCCCUUCUUCUAUGCUUCAGAUUAUAUUGUUUGCGACACUCGCCAUCGAGCUCAAAAGACGAGCCCCCAACGCCCAUACCUUCCUGGAAGCUCUCCGCGCGCGAUAUGGAACUGCAGUGCAUCUAGUGUUCAUUGUAUUCUGCCUCAUGACCAAUAUCCUCGUCACUGCCAUGUUACUCACUGGUGGUUCCGCCGUUUUGACUUCUUUGACUGGGGUUCACACAGCUGCAGCCUGUUUCCUACUUCCCAUAGGUGUUGUGCUCUACACACUUUUUGGCGGUAUCAAAGCAACAUUUAUCACCGACUACAUGCACACUGUGGUCAUUAUCGUUGUUAUAUUCAUCUUCGCGUUCUCCGCCUAUGCAACGAAUGCGGAGCUGGGAUCUCCUGGCAAAGUGUAUGAUGCACUGGUUGCAGCCUCUGAGCUUCAUCCAGUGGAAGGCAACGCUCAAGGCAGUUACCUUACCAUGAGGUCCAAGGAAGGGGGGAUUUUCUGGGUGAUUAACCUUGUCGGUAACUUCGGCACUGUGUUCCUUGACAAUGGAUACUACAACAAAGCCAUUGCGGCAAGUCCUGUCCACGCUUUUCCCGGAUAUGUCAUUGGAGGUCUGUGCUGGUUUGCUAUACCCUGGCUGUGCGCGACCACCAUGGGAAUCUCUGCACUUGCCCUCGAGGGGGCCCAAAGAAUUAGCUCCGACGAUGUCACCGCUGGCCUUGUACUGCCAUUCGCUGCUGUCAAGCUUCUGGGCUAUAGCGGAGCUGUAUGCACGACCCUUAUGGUAUUUAUGGCAGUUACUUCGGCAUUCUCAGCUCAGUUGAUUGCGGUCUCCUCUAUCGUCACUUACGAUGUCUAUCAGGCGUACAUCAACCCUGCCGCCAAGGGCAAGAGAUUAGUGUGGGUCUCUCACAUGUCUUGUAUUGCCUUCGCUCUCAUCAUGGCUGCAUUCGCGACAGGGCUCUACUACGCCGGAAUUGGCAUGGGCUAUCUGUACUUGCUUAUGGGUGUCAUUAUCUCCUCUGCAGUGUUUCCCGGGGCCAUGACUCUUGUCUGGAAGCAACAAAAUUGGAUUGCUGCCGCAUGCUCACCGGUCCUUGGACUUGCGGUGUCACUUAUUGCCUGGCUCGUGACCGCCAAGAAGGAAUAUGGUGAACUUACCGUCGCAAGUACCGGGGCGAACUACCCUAUGCUUGCCGGUAACGUCGCGGCUCUGCUCAGCCCGAUCAUAUUCUCGCCGGCUCUGACAUACCUUUUCGGCACUCAAAACUAUGACUACGAGUCGAUGCGGUCUAUUCGCAAAGUCGACGAUACAGAUGUCGCAGCGGCCGCGCACGUCGACAUCGAACUAAUUCCCGGCGAGCUCGACGUACGCGAUGCACAAGCGGAGGAAGAGGAACAGCGCAAACUCAACAAGGCGGCUCUCUACUCUCGUACGCUGACCGUCGGCAUGGUGGUCUGCUUUCUGCUGUUGUGGCCAAUCCCCAUGUAUGGCUCUUCAUACGUUUUCAGCAAGAAGUUUUUCACCGGCUGGGUGGUUGUUGGUUUGAUCUGGCUUUUCUGCACUACAUUUGGUGUUGUCAUCUUCCCUCUCUGGGAAGGUCGCCAAAGUAUCAUGCGGGUCGUCAGACUCAUGGCCCUCGAUGUCACAGGGAAGAGGCCGGCCCUUGUUGACCAGAAAUCACGAGAGCACGAAGAUACCUCUUCUGGUGUUGCGACACCAACAGAGAAGAUGGAACCAAAGACAGGCAUUUGA